CACAAAAGAUGUUAUGCUCUAGUAGUUACGAUGCUUUGAAGGAAGCUCUAGUUGGUGAAGAGGCCAGUCAAGAAGCAAUUGAGGAUCAUUUCAGAAAAGGUCAAAGCAAUGACUUAUUAUUCCACGACUAGUGCAUCAUUUGUGCCAUUUAGACUGCUUUCGAUUGUUGAAGAUGUGGAUAAAAACAGGUUUUAGAAGAAGUCCGAAGAGUUCUUAUUAUUUGUAUGAUUGUGAGGCAACAGCCUCGACAGUGGUCUAUCAGUGCCAAAAACUCCUUGAUUCCGGACAGCAGGCAUCUGUGACUUCAAAAAUCUUUUGGGUCAAUAUCUUUGGUUCUUCAUUUGAUUUUAUGCUUUGCUGAAAUGUUUCUGUUCUUCAAGAAAAGUCUUUAGCUUCAAAGACCAAUGUUCCAAACAUUUGUCACGUAACAAGAUUUACAACAAGACACCUCCGGAUUCAGCAAUUGAUGAUGGACAACAAAUCCAUUCACCAAAUGGGUCGUCACCUCAAAUAGAAGACUAUUCUGAUACUUUGAGGCAAAUACAGAGAGCCUCUAAUCAUCGUAAUGGAGAGGCUUGUUCUGCUUUGGAGAUCAGAUAACCACCAGGGAAACUCAAGCACAGUCCUUCAGUCGAUUUCUCUUUCAAUCUUCGAAAUAUUUCUUAUAUUCAAACGGUAAAAGAAUUAUACUUAUUGAGGAGGUACGCUGUUCAGUCUUAUCAUCCAGUCAUUUUCAUCAUUAGUGAUAAUGCUAAAGUCUUGAAGGUUCUCUUUUUCUUAAGGAUCUGCAGUUUUCUUUGAAAAUCAAAAAUAUUAGUUUUAAUGCAAUUGCCCCAACCAUGAUGAUGAAAGUGCUCACAAAAAUUAAUAACUCACCAAAGACUUUAAGAAGCCCUUAUCUGUGCAAGGGAGUGUUUCUUCCUCUGAAGAUGGUAGUAAAAGCGAUUCCUCUCUGUUUCUGUUUCAUGCAUUGGGAAAAAAUUCUUUACUCCAAGUGUGAUGCAUCAAACAAAUCAAAUCAAGAUGUACUUCCUACUCAUCUGAAAAUGUUUGAAAGGGAUCCUCUCAUUUCUAAUCCUGAAGAAGUGUUUGAUAAAACAUCUAUUUCUGCUGAAGCUUUUACUUUGUUUUUGCAAGAGAAUUACAUUCCCUUUGUUGAUGACAUUGAAGCUAACUUUGAAUGUGCACAUUGGUUAAGUGAAGCUGAUUACGUCAGCGCUCUAUGGAAUAGUCGUGACACAAUGAAUGAUUAUAUGGUGUCUUUGGCGUCUAGAAGUCUGAUGUUCAAUUUGUCCUCUGUGAAUAAUAGGAGGUGGAGAGCACUGCACAAACCUCAAUUUUAUGUAAAUUUAUCUGAGCAAAGGCAGUUGCAAAAAUCUCUGAAGUAUGCUUUUAGUGCCAAGUGGGAAAGACGUUAGAUGAGAAAGACCACUUUUGUUUUGGAGAGGAAGAGAGCGACCCAAUUGAUGCUAACAAGUCAGAUGAAAAUGUCAAGUUAUUGCCUGAUGAAGAGAUUGUUAAAGAAGAAUACGACUUUUGAACACAGAUAUUAUUUGUUGUAAAAUAUUUAUAUAAUGAAGAUAUUUAUUACAUUUUUGAUUUCUUUUUUACUUGAAUUAAAGUCACUUUCUAUUAAUGACUUGGUCUCAAUUUAAUUGCAAACUAGAGAUUGUUUUUUUUUAAUUGACUCUAAUUGAAGUUUGCUUGUAUGAGUGUUAUGCAGUGUUCAUUUUAAUUGAUUUUUCGAGUAAAAAAAUACAGUAUUUU